AUGGACCUGAUCAGAAGGGCCACCAAGGUGGCACCUAGCAAACCUCCUCUACAACUUCCUCUCGAUGAGAAGAGAGAUUCGAAACACAACAAGGCUGUCGACAAUCGCAUGGCCUUCUUCCGUCGGCCUCUACGGCUAAAGGGGAACUCUACGAUCUCUGUACCUCUGGGCGUGGUCAUCUUUUUUCCUAUGCUUGUUUUAAUCCUUAUUUUUAUUCUCUUCGUUAGCCACCCCAGUUCUCCAGGAAGGGGGUUUCUCAUUCCAGGAGGCGCUGCCCCAAAGAUGCGGAAAAUCAGCGAAAAGUACGACAAGGUGUUCGUAGAGGGCUGCGCCCAGCCUGACACCGACAAACCUCGAGCCAACGCUGCCUUUGUAAUAUUAGCGAGAAACAAGGAGAUUGACGGUGUCUUGCAAUCCAUCAAGUCUGUCGAGAGACAUUUCAACAGAUGGUACCACUACCCCUAUGUGUUCCUCAACGAUGGCGAUUUCGACGACAACUUCAAAGAGGCCGUUCGAAACCAUACUUCGGGUGAGGUGGAGUUUGGAAAGGUUGGACCGGAUAUGUGGGGUUUCCCCGAUUGGAUCGACCCCAAGGUUGCUGCAGAAGGCAUUGCCAAACAGGGUGAUGCUGCUGUGAUGUACGGAGGCUUGGAGAGCUACCACAAGAUGUGCAGAUUUUAUUCUGGCUUUUUCUUUAACCAUCCUCUAUUACUCAAGUAUGAGUGGUACUGGCGAGUCGAGCCCGAAAUCAGCUAUUUCUGCGACAUCACAUAUGACCCUUUCCAAAAGAUGAUUGAACACAACAAAACAUACGGCUUCACAAUUGCUGUUAAGGAACUUCGCGAGACCGUCCCCAACAUCUUCCGAUACGCCUCCGCCUACAAGCGACUUAAUAACAUCACAUCCAAGGGCUUAUGGGAAAUGUUUGUCGAGCCACCGGAGGAGGACGACGAGGACUCUACCAAAGACAGCGAUACGUCUCCCAAUGACAACAGCUUCUGGGAUACUCUCACAGGAAAGAAGAAGAAUACCAUCGACCCCGAGUCAAUGGAGGGCGAGGCGUACAACAUGUGCCAUUUCUGGUCUAAUUUCGAGAUUGCAAAGCUCAGCUGGUUCCGCAGCAAGGAGUACCAAGAUUUCUUUGAAAUGAUGGACCGAAGCGGUGGCUUUUGGAUGGAACGAUGGGGCGAUGCUCCUAUUCACUCCCUUGCAGCCGGCGCUCUUCUUGGACCCCAGGAUAUUCAUUAUUUCCGAGACUUUGGUUACCGACAUACGACAAUCCAGCACUGUCCUGCUAAUGCACCAGGCAAGCAGCUCGCCCGAGAGCCUUUCCUUGAGAAGACGACUUUCCCCGAGUAUAAGCGAUUCGAGGAGGAUGACUACUGGGAGCAUUGGGACGACGUGCAAGAAGGUGGUAUCGGCUGCCGUUGCAGAUGUGAUACAGACGUUGUCGAUGUUGAGGGCAAGGAAGGAUCUUGUCUGGCUGAAUGGGUCGACGUUGCUGGCGGCUGGGCUCAUCCAUACUAA